AUGUUUAAAUCUUCACGUUUUGAUAAAUUAUUGGCCAAAUCCACCAGCGAGUUGCUGAUGGAAGCAGAUUGGGAGACAAACCUCACGAUCUGUGAUUUAGUUCGAGGUCAAGAAGUAACUCCAAAAGAUGCCAUUAUAUCCCUCAAGAAGAAGCUCAAUCCUGAAAAUCCCCACGUUUUGAUGCUCGGACUAUCAGUCCUUGAGGCCCUUAUGAAAAACUGUGGAACGCCUAUACACGACGAAGUUUGUGGCACCGAAUUCGUAUUGAGCCUACUUGAGUUCACAUAUCAAACUGAAGAAAUCCGCUGUCGCAUAUUUGGCUAUAUUCAAAACUGGGAACAUGCAUUUAAAGGCGUUGAACGAUAUGAAUAUCUACACGAAGCUUAUGAGGAAAUCAAAAGAUCGGGUCAUCCUCUUCCACCUUUUCACGAAAGUGAAGCCAUGUUUUCUGCUGAA